AUGGCUAUGAAAUUUGAGGGCUUUUCGUUGCGAGAAUAUACCUCGAGGAUGAGAAGCGUUAACGUGGUAAAUUGUUGGCCUUUCGACGAGAGUGAUGAAGAUGUUAUAAAAUCAUUGCUCCCUCCGAUCACUGUCAAGAAAUUCACCUGGUGGUUCGAUGUACUUGAAUUGUUGCGUUCAGAAUCGAUUAAAGUCGAAAAGUCGAAACAGAAGAAGAAAAAAUUUCAAGAAAAGGGAGAACCAUCACUUAGAUAUCAAGAGUAUACAGAAGAGUCAGAUUUGGAUGCUGAAGAAUUCAUAGGAGAAGAAGCAAAGUUGAAGGCUUUAAGGGGGAAAAUGAAACCAAGGGCUCCAAAGAAAAGGUCAAUAAAGGAGCUUUUCGCGGUGGCGCCACCUGUGGAUAGAGUUAGUACUGAGGAGGAGGAGGAGGAGGAGGAGGAGGAGGACGACUUUUGCGAUUCCAAGGAAAUUAAAUGGGGCCUCAAAGGGAAGAGGAAUGAGAAGAAAAAGAAUAAAAAAGAGAUUUACUUAAGCAAGUUGAAGAAGCCAAAGAAUAAGAUUAACAAAUUCAAGAAGAAAAGCAAUUAUGAGAUGGGUCUAUCAGUUGUCAAUAAGGAGAUAUGUUUUAAGCUCCACCUGCAAUCUCGUGGUGGUGUUAAAGAGUUGGAUGUUGAUAUAUCUGAUGCUGUUCCGAUCCAUAAGGGGAAGCCAAAAGGGAAACGUUUGGAUGCUAAAAAGAAGACAAUAGCUUGUAAUUCUUCUAAUGUGACCGCAGAAAACGAAAAAUCAGUGUUUCCCGUCCGUAGAAGUUUAAAGAAUCACACUAAAGUAUUUCCGCUACUGCAACCAAGAAAUCCCAUCUUGCACAAGUCUAUUCAAGCCAAUCCACAUGGAACACAGCAGGUGAACAAACUCAAUUUCUCAGAUAAGGACGACAUACUAGGAUGUCAAGUGUUAACAACGACUCGUGGUUCAGAUUCUGACACGAUUGCUUCUUCUUUAUUGGAAGAUCAUGCUGGAGAGAUAGGCAAUAAUUUGACUGUUAUAGAAACAAGCGGAAGUGAAGAUAUUUCUGGUGGAACUGAAAAUGGGCAUGGUGCUCAAUCUGUAAGUAAAAAGCAGUUGACUAUUGCAUGCCAUGAAUUUGAUACUUCUAACAUCGUGAACAAACAUAGCCACGAUAGACUGUUUGGCACAUCUGUAAACUCAUAUCAAAGUGCACUGCAAGGCAUGAAUUUACAUUUGUUUGAAAGAGGCCAUAGAGAAGCAUUUCACAAUCCUUUGCGGGCUUCUCCUCGUCCGUUCUUUUGUAUGUAUCCAGAAGGACAUAAAGAAAACCCGAGUAUCGAAGUGAUUAGAAAUUCAUCAAGUGCUUACAAUAACUGCGGAGGAUUGAUCGAACAUCUAGGGGAUCCCGGUCGCAGAUUUCCUCCAUUGUGUUUCGAGGAUUAUCCAAAAGCAUAUAAUGAGCCUUUUGUCCCGAAUUUAUAUAAAUUGGAGAAAAGAUCAAACAUGCCUCGAUUUCCCCCACAAAGUACCAUAGAGAAUCAUAGUGUUCACGCCUUCGAGUAUCAAUCAUUUCCUCAUAUGUCGUCCAAGGAAUUGCAGACGACUUUAUGUGCCCUUCCGGAAGUGAACCAAAAAAGAAUGGAUGGAAAUUUUGUUGGCUUACCUCUCAAUUCACACGGAGAAUUAAUCAAGUUGAACUCAAGUGGUAAAGGGGAGUUUCAACAGACGAUAAAGCCAAGUAUCGCUGCAGCUUCUUCCAUUAACUUAGCCCAGAAUUGCAGUGUCAUCCCGAAUUGCUUGGGUAAGCAUUCAGAGUGCAGAAGUUGGGAAUGUAGAACAUCCCGCAGGGACCAGUCGAAUGAGUUCCCUGUCAAGGGCUAUAUGAAAGAGAACCCUUUUGUUGUCAUGCAAUCUAGAUUCGGUAUUACUGAAUGUCAACAGGAAGGAAAAACAAAUAUUGACUUGAAUUUGAUCAAAAGAAAAGAUCAUUCCUUUAAUACAGUAGAAAGGGACCUGCACCAGGAGAUUGAGCCUUACCAUGGACGCCAAGAAGAUUACCAGAAGAGCUGGAACCGUGAUCGUGUUUUGCCACAUUUGGUCCAAUCAAAAAUGCGUUUGAUGGGUAAAGAAUUUAUAGUUAGUGGAAACGAGCUUUGGAAGGAUAAUCAGAUCAUAGCUGAGCAUCAUUCUGGUGGUAAUGCCAUUGACAAUUUUGCAGUUUAUAGUCAGAAUGAAUCAUCUUUAGGGAAAUUCAAAGAAACUUUGGCUUGUUUAUCAGAAACUGAAAUCAAUCACAGAUCAGAAAGUAUGUUGCGACCUUUCUCGCACUUUGCCUUGCAAAGUACUGAUAUGCACCGGAAUGAUUUUGUCGCAAGCAAAAUAAAUCCCAUUCCUGGAUUACAUACUUGUCUUCCUCCCGUUAACUCCUCCGCUGUUCAUAAUAUGAGAUCUAAAGUCCGGGAUCCCAUCACCCAUGGAUGUGAAUUCAAAAUAGUUAGUUCUGAGUUCCCUAUGCCAAGACCUUCUUCUCAGGGAUUGCCUCGUGCUCCAAGGUCAGUGAUCCGAUUUCCAUUCAUGCACCCGGAUCUCGAAGGUCAUUCACAAUCAUCUUGGUCUCAGUGCUCUCCUAAGAACGUUUCCCCAUUGUUGUUUGAUGUUGCUGAAAGGGAAGCAUUGUUGAGUUAUGGCCAAUCAUACUCUAAUUUGGGCAGCAGUUAUGACCCCCUUACUUUGCCGGGAACUAAUUGUUGGUGUGAUCCUCGGGUAUCGUUGACACAUGAAGCUAUGCACAAUUCUUUCUCUGGUUCUGCCUUUCAGAAUUCAAUUGCUCCAGCUCCAUUGACUCAGCGUGCACUUGUGUCUUGCUACUCUGGGAUUGUGCCAAAUUCAAUUUUGCAGAAGAGAUAUGGAAGUCAAUUAAAAUUCAAAGAACCAACCAGGUCAAGAAUGAGAAUUAGAGGACCUAGCCAUGGCAAGAAAGCCAGAAAGCGGGCUUCGGCUGCAUCAGAUGAUUCUUUUAAGCCCAUGAAGAUGCCUAAGUUGGGAAUUCAAGAAGUAUCUAAUUUUUCUAUGACAAAAUCAAUGACCUGCGUUAAUUUUGAAGGUGAAGCUGGAAAUAUUGGGCAACCAUUUCCAUCAGAUUUUGCCAAAAACAAAGAAAAAAUCAUGGCUUGUGGAGAAUACGAGAGUGAGAAGGAUGAACACAAGAUUUUAACCGGGAAGGAUCCGUUGAGUGGCACAGCAAGGUCAGGUCCCGUAAAGCUGACUGCUGGAGCAAAGCACAUACUCAAGGCCUGUUCUAGGAGAGGAUCACUCAAAUACUCAAUUUUGUUUCCGCCUACUAUGCCCACUUCGGCUUGA